AGGUAAUGAACUGCAAAAGAUGGAGGUGCUACCGGGUUGUACGUUACCUUCGCUGGUCCGACAGAAUAGUGCCAUACAUUUAGCUAAAACCGACGUACCAUCGCUUGUUUUUCCUAGUUAAAAAGAGUUUUCAUGUAGGGCUGCUUUGCAAUUGUUUCUGUGUUCGUUUGGUUGGCGGACGAAAAGAAGACACUUUUUUUCCACAGAGAGCAUCGUCCUUCAGGCAAAGUGUAGUUAAGGCUGCUUCAAUUCACCUUGAGACUAGUGUAAAAGCUGCAAAGUAAAGCCGUUGGAAGCGAUAGUGACACGCAAACGAGUGGAAUACAAAAUAUCAAGUGCUUCGUUGCUCCUUGCCAGAAGGGGAAUUGUGGUUGUUUUUUUACACAACACAAGCCCAUUCCACACUAGCGCACACAGUGGCCACAUACGCACACACCAUUCAUUGCCUAUCCAUCUCGAAAGCGACGGAGCAAAUGAAAAUGAAGAUGCCCGACAACAACAUCGGUGGAAGUAGCUCAAACACCUAUACGCACAUCACGAUAACCGCUGGUGCACUGUUUAAUCGGGGCGGAGGAGGAGGAGGUGGAGGAGACGCGGAUACAACGGUGCGACACACGGCCGGGGGAGUCCAGUAUCCGAACGAUCCUUACGAUUCUGAUGCGGACAGUUUGAGUACACCACCGAACGAGGAAAACACUGGCCCUGCGGACGAUUUCGCCGAGUACAUGUGGAUGGAGAACGAGGACGAGUUUGAUAUGCAAGAACUGCAGCGACUAGAGGAGGAAGAGCUGAUGGACCAGUGCAUCGAGGCGAUGAUGAUGGACGAGAUGGCAUCGGCCGACAUAAGGGCCUCGGCCGCACUGGUCGGAAAUGUGCCGAGGGAAAGCGGGCUGGUGAACAUUUUGUCCAGCUUACAGCUCGACAAGGAGCAGCAACAGCAGCAGCUGAUCCGCCAGCCCAAGGAUCUGAACGUUGAGAAAUCGACGCUAAACCCACUGGCCGCCGAAUUUGUGCCAUCGUUCGUGCAGCGAACUCUCGUCGCACCGACGUCUUACUGAGCAAACAGCGUUUCGGAUGUAAAACAUCGAAAAGGUAUGCAAAUACUCAAAGCGAGCAGGAAAAAAAAGUGGAAACGGGGCGAUUUACUAUUUUUCAUUAUAAUUGCCUUAAAUUCUUUGUACGGGGCGAACGCGCGUAUCUGGAGGGGGGUGUGCGUGUAAAGUAAUGCGAUCAUAUAGAGCUAAUAGCGUUUAAAUAGUCCUCUUCUGCCGUAGCUGCAAUGGAAACUGGUGAUACAAUUUACGCAUACUUUUCAAUGAAAAGUAACAACGCGAUUCAGGCACACGAUGUCGCUGUGGCUGGUGGGCUAGGACAUUGCUGUCUUGCUGCUGCCUUUGUACUUACGAAGGACGAUCUCUAUUUUGUGUUUAGUUGAGAUAUGGUGGUACGAAGCACCACACGCACGCACUACGCACGCAUAUACACGGAACGAUUUUUAACACACUCGCUAGCAUCACAUACAAUCGCGCGAAUGGGUGAUGGGAGCCCAUGUCGAGUAGCAAGCAAGAAGAUUUACAACAAGCUCUUCCAUUUGUGGCAACGAAUUUCAAUUACUUAUUAUUUACCUAGCUUUACUUACCCGUUCUCGCGGCGUUGGUGUAGCCUUUUUAAUGCUCUACCCAUGCCCGAGAUAGCAACCCAAUGGUGCAAUGCGAUACAUUACAACGCCCUUUUCCCUAUACAUCAUCAUUCACGUACGCGCGAAGCAAGUGUCCAACGGUUGAGCUAUUCGCGCUUCGGAUAGUGCAAGUUCCUUUCUGUAUGAUUCAACCAUUUUUUAAGUUUUUCGUUUCACGCUUUUCUUAAUUUUUUUUUUUUAAACUUCCUUUUACUUUCGCGCUCACGUUUCCCUCAAAAACACACAAAAAAAGGCGAUAAGCAAAUUUUCUCCGUUCCCCUUUGUGGUGACCGUGUAUCAUCUUUUAUUAGUAUCGUUGUUAGUGAUUAGCCGUAAGAAGGAGGCCAGCGGUUUCAGUCCACGUUACUGAAAAACAAACCGCAACUCACACACAAAAAAAGUAUAAAAAGUCAACAAGAAAAGUCUGCUGUAUGUAUGUUAGUAUUGUAAUUGUUCGUGGCAAAAAAAGAAGCAAACAUCAAACCCCCUGUGAAGAGCGGUGCAAAGAGGCGUAAUUAGCGGUAAAGCGAUCGAAUUUGCCACACAGGAAAUAGUAGAGAACCUUUCUUUCGUUACAUGAAAGGAUGAUGUUUCAACUGUGAUACACGAUUAUCGUUGAUUCAUAUGUCCAGCCGUCGGGAUUAAGUAAAAGCAUUAGUUGUGUAAUUUUUCUUCCCACCCGUUCGGCGGCGGUUCGGGGUGAUCCUCUCUUACUUUGCCAGCUUUAUAUUGUCCUAAUUUUAACAAAACUGCAACAAUCCGCUUGCAUUUACCAAUCUCGCCGGUCACUGAUAUGAUGGAUCCGUUGUCCAUACACACACACACACACUCUCGGUCUCGUUGAUGGACAGAGUGGUAAGGUGAGGUACAAAAGCAAAGCUCCCAUUAUUUUUUUGCAUUAUUUUAAUGGUCGGGGGAAGAAACCACCCGUCCGGCGUAGUCUGAUUUUUAAGCCUGAAUACGCAACAAUAAGAAAGCAACAUGACACACGACAAUUAGGUUCUAGUGCUGCAACAGCAAAACGAAAAAAAAAUAAUAUAAAUUAAGCGCAAACAAUUGAUUUAGAGCGAAUCGAGCGAGUUUUAAGUGUAACGGAAUCCUAAUUGUGUGAUAGUUUAGAAACAAAUAAUGGUCAAAACCGUUCAGGUGCAAAAAACACGAAAUAAAAUAGAAGACUGCAUUAGAGUCGUCAAAAA